UGACGCAACUUCCUGUUCGGCUCACGGAACCUGUAGACUGACGUUUCCGCACUCCAGUCACAGCCAAGUCGCAGACAUGGUGAUUUCAGAAACUGCCGAUAUACUCUUCAGAAUAAGAGGAGGCCUUGAUCUGGCUUUUCAGCUGGCUACUGCUGACGAAAUUUUUAUCAGAAAGGUACUAAAACAUGCACUGAGUGACCUGUCAGCAAAGCUUUCCUCAGACGCCCUCGUAUUUAGAAUUUGCCACAGUUCCGUGUACGUCUGGCCUAACAGUGACAUAAACACCAUCCCAGGAGAGCUGACUGAUAGCUCUGCUUGUAAGAACAUAAUGCGCUUUAUUCAGUUUGAGCAGGAAGAAGAUACAAAAUGGAAAUUCAUGAGAAAGAAAGACAAAAGGCUAUCAGACAUGCAACAAAUAGUAAAUAUAGAUCUUAUGCUGGAAAUGUCAACCUCUCUUGCGGCUGUAACCCCCAUUAUCGAAAGGGAAAGCAGAGGACACCACUAUGUUAAUAUGACCUUGCCAGUCGACGCAGUCGUUUCUAUCUCUCCAGAAGAAACAUGGGGAAAAGUUCGUAAAUUUCUAGUGGCUGCAAUUCAUAAUCAGCUAACUGAUAUGGAAAAAUGCCUUUUGAGAUAUAUGAAAGGAACAUCUAUUGUGAUCCCUGAACCACUUCACUUUUCAUUACCAGGGGAGAAAGGUCUUGUAACAAUCUCAUAUCCAUCGGGAAUACCAGAUGGUCAGCUGCAGGCCUAUAGAAAGGAGUUGCAUGAUCUCUUCAGUCUGCCUCAUGACAGACCUUAUUUCAAAAGGUCUAAUGCUUAUCAUUUCCCAGAUGAACCAUACAAAGAUGGUUACAUUAGAAAUCCACAUACUUAUCUUAAUCCACCUAACAUAGAGACUGGUAUGACUUAUGUGGUCCAGGGCACAUAUGGUUACCAUCAUUAUAUGCAAGAUCGGCUGGAUGACAAUGGCUGGGGCUGUGCCUAUCGAUCGCUGCAGACAAUCUGCUCUUGGUUCAAACAUCAGGGAUACACAGAGAGAUCCAUUCCAACACACAGAGAGAUUCAGCAGGCUCUAGUUGAUGCCGGUGACAAACCAGCAACAUUUGUGGGAUCACGACAAUGGAUUGGAUCCAUUGAGGUACAGCUGGUACUGAACCAACUGAUUGGUGUAACUUCAAAAAUACUGUUUGUCAGCCAAGGUUCAGAAAUGGCUUCUCAAGGACGGGAACUGGCCAGUCACUUCCAGAGUGAAGGCACUCCAGUGAUGAUUGGAGGAGGAGUGUUGGCUCAUACCAUACUAGGUGUUGCAUGGAAUGAGAUUACAGGACAGAUAAAAUUUCUAAUUCUAGACCCCCAUUACACAGGUGCUGAAGAUCUGCAAGUUAUUUUAGAAAAGGGCUGGUGUGGAUGGAAAGGCCCAGACUUUUGGAACAAGGAUGCUUACUAUAAUUUAUGUCUACCUCAGCGGCCAAAGAUUAUAUAAUCUCGGAUUCAGAAACUGAAGUAAACUGCUAUAAUAAAUCUGUUAAUAAAAAUGCUUAAAAUCAAAUUAAA